AUACAAAAAAGAAAAAAUGAAGUAGUGAAACUUAAAUUGGAUUUUGAAAUAGAACAAUUUCAACUGGCAAAUAAUAUUAAAUUUAAAGAAUUGGAGUUACAACAAAUGCAUUUACAACAAAAACAUCAUCUUCCAGAUAAUCCACUUGAGCAACUUUAUGCAUUCUCUAUUCUAAGGAUGGUGAUUGGUGUAUUUUUAUAUUUUUUAGAAAUAAUUGGAUUUCCUUUAACUAAAAGGAAUCUUGAUGCAAAUUGUGACGGUGAAUGGAUUCCUAUAAUUGUAAAUGUUGAUUUUACACUAGAAAAACCCAAAUCUGGUAUUUAUUUCAAACAACCAGAUUCAAAUAUUCCAAAUAAACCUAAUGAAUUUUAUGAACCAAAUGCAAAGAAUUCACCAAAGGAAUUAAAGUUAAAUAUUACUGGUGAAAAGGAAAAAACAUUUUUUGUUCCUACUUAA